UGAGUGGAUAGUUUUUGUAAACCUUACAAAACUAAUGAUAUCUUUUAGGGACUAAUUACUUGCUGUACCUGGUAAUGUACUCAUUGGCCAAUAGGAAAUGAAAGUUCAAGGUUAAUUUCGGCAACAGAUUUGGCGGUGCAGUAGUUUUGGGCCGGGACUUUCGUCCCAUUCUUUUUUGGGAUCACAUAUCCUAUCGCUUUAAUCCUUUUAUCAAAGUUCCAGGUUUUAAAUUACUAUGGGUACCAAUACUAGAAAUAAGAAAAAUAAAGAAGCGCAUAUGGAUGGUCUAUCAUCAGAGGAACUUGAAUACUUGAAUAAAAACCAUAUAGAACCUCUCAAAACGAAACGUAGAUGUGGACUUUUAUGCAAUGUUUGUGGAAUGGUCAUGUCUACGGUUGCUGCAGCUAUUCACCAUACCUCUUCGAAUUCUCAUAAUGUGAACCUCAUGACCGCUGAACUAAAAACAACUCUUCUUUAUUUGCCUCCCAUCACGGAUUCCCAUAGAACUGCGUUAGAUUCAGAACUAAAAUCCGCUUUUCUUUCUGUUGUGGCCGAUACCUGUGAGAUGCAGCGACGACAGAAUUUCGCAAAUGAUCUGAUUGCUGCUAUUGAAGCUCGAAUUCCGAAUAUAAAAGUUCGAGGAACUGGUAGUUCAUGGUUUGGUUUAGCCUUACCAGAUAGUCACUGUUCAUUGGAUGUAAUUUGUUCAAAUGAUUUUGACGAGAAUAAAUUACUGGCAAUGGACCCGACAAUGGAUGAUGAUGGUGAAGAUAAUGACGGUGACGAAGAGGGCGAUGAUAAUGAUGUUCAUGAUGAUGAUGAUGACGACGAUGAUGAUAAUGAUCAGUCUAUUCCACAGCCUAUAUGUGGUCAGUCAACAAAUGACACUGAACAAUCAAUGGGAAUUGGUUAUGUUCUUUCUAAUAUAUUCGAUUUAUUACAACUGAAUGCAUGUGAUUCACCAACUAACACACCACACAUACAAACAAUUUCUGAAAAAGCUACCUCGUUUAACUGUUCUACUGAUCACAAUACAAAAAUGAAUGAAUUAUCCGACAAACCUAAUUUCCCUAAAUUUCAUACUGUUUUGCGUACAAGUGGUGACUACUUUUAUCUUUCUCUGACCGAUUUCUGUGGUGUACGUUAUCGUAUUAGUACUGGUAAUCCGUAUGGAUAUGAUUUGGCCAAAUUGAUUAAUACUUACCUCAAUUUAAAUAAUCAAGCUCGACAAUUAGCAAUAUUAUUUCGUAAAUUAUCACGAUUGGGUCAUUUAGAUAUGCCGGAAAAUGGUACAUUUGAAGAAACAGUCAUACCUCUGUUAGUUAUAUUCUACUUACAACAUUGUGAACCUCCAUCACUUCCAAAUCUUCAUAUGCUUUACCGCCAACAUCUUCAUGAAAUUCCUGAAAAUUCUUAUCAUCAGGUUUUGCCACCCAAUACUGAUUGUUCGUUUAUUACAGACAUUGAAUUGAUUCGAAAGUUAUGUCCUGAUCAACCAUAUUCAUCUUCGUCUAACAAUUUACCAUGUUUAGCCGAUUUAUGGCUUGGUUUCCUCAGAUUUUAUUUAUUUGAUUUUAAAACUUCUUCUUGUACAAUUAAUAUUGUGGAACCUGAACCAGUAUCAUGUUUUAAUGCUUCUGAAAAGCGUUGUUUUACAGUUACCGAUCCUUUUAACCCUAAACAUAAUCUCUGUAGGAAUUUAACUCAAGUCAGUCGAGAUUAUAUCAAUUCACAGUUAUUAGCGGCCUAUGGCUAUUUCGGUGUGCCACGAUUGGCCACUAAUGGUCGACAUUUGUUCACACACAUUUCUGUUGUUGAAAAAUCCCCUGAUGAGCCAAAAGAUGCUUGUGACAAGUUGGAUCAGAAUACUAGUAGUAGUAUUAGUCAAACAACCAUGUCUAAUGAUAAAAUGACAGCAUCUGCAGGUAUUCAUUUAACACCUAUCAUUGAUGAUUCUGACAAUUUUGAAUCAAAUUUGAAUAAAGUAACAAAUUUAAUUACAGAGAAAUUUCAAUUACUUUCAAACGGCGCCACUAUCAAACAUUCUGUCCUACCAUCAACUGGGGAAGACAUAUUAGAGAGUUCAUCAACUAUUGACCACACAGCAUUGGAUAAUUCCAUGGCUGAACAGAAAGCUCUUUCAUUUUCAGAAAUGUUUUCAUAUAUUCUUACAUAUGUCAUGGAUGAAUUAUUUGAGUCAAACAUUGUACCUGAUCUUGUCAGUGGAUGUUUAAAAAUGUCAGAAAAGAGAUUUUUCAUUCCUGUAUCGUCUUCAUUUAAGCUUAGUUUGAAUGAUUUUAUCCAGAUUACUCGAAAUUUCGCUUAUGACUACUGGCUAUCUUUUUUCAACACAUAUAUUAGUAAAGGAAAGUUUUCAGCAUCAAAAAGAAUCAUCACAAAAACCACUUUGUCGUUAUUUAGUAAAAGUGUUAAAUUAUGGUUAGAUCGUUUAAAACUACAAAAUGUUAUUGAUAAUGAUACUUCAAUUGACUCACCUUGUGGUCAAUCACAAAAAAUGAAUUGUUCAGAUGAAAAUGUAUUUGAAGAUCAAUGUAAUCAUCAAAUGAAUCAGGAUUCUAGUUCAUUAAGUAAAAGUAUUGAAGAUGAUUAUUCAGAGCCUAUAGUUAGACAAAGUAAAAAUAAUUUUCUUGACGUUGAUGAAUAUUCGAAUUUUGAAGAAGUCAGUCAUUUACAAGAAGUCGAUAAUCCAUAUGAUAUAUGUAUGACUGUUUCAGAUGAUGCCUUUUUGGAUUGUAAUUUAGAAAAUGAUUUUAAUGACAGUGAAAUAUAUGAACGUUUAGAGUGUACUCUUGAUGUAGAUUAUAAUGAUGAUAUAAUCGAUCCAAUCAGUACAUCUUCAUCUUUUGUUGACAAAAAUUCUGAACUUUUAGAAACUUUGACUUCUCAAGGAAAUAAUCAAAACAGAAUCAAAUCGUCUAACACUAACAAUUUAACGUCAAAUGAUUCACAUCCAGUCAACCAUUUGUCAUCCAUAAGUUGUCCAUCAAAUGAAUUAGUUACUGCUUCAAAUGAACUAACUAGACGUGACAAUAAAUUAACUAAAAAUGCACGCAAAUCUGAGAAAAAACAACAAGGUCAUUCUAACAGUAUGUUGAAUUCAAAUAGUAAUACAACUGCAUCGAAAUUCAGUCCUACCAAAUCUAAGAAAAAAAAAUCAGCUAAAAAGCUUGAAUGGGAAGAUGUGAUUUCGUCACGUUCUGCAGUCGCUCCUCCUAUUGAUGAUGAUCGUCCAGAUUAUUACAAUUCUAAGCUUCUAGAGAAUCUACAACCGGAAGAUUUUGAUUUUCAAUUUGUCUCAAAUAUGAACUUAUCGUCUAAUCGUCGACAUAAUCAAUCAUCUGUUUUAGGUUUAGCUUCACGAAAUCAACCAUCCACAUUAUUAGCUCAUUUCGAUGCACCUCAACCUCAAUGUCAAGCUUGUAAUUUAACUGGUCAUCGACAAUCACAGUGUGAAACUACCAGUGAUAAAUCAGUAUCAUUUUUAGCAUGGCAUAAGUUAUUAAAUAAAACGCCUUGGCCACCAAUCGCUGAACAAAUUAAAAAUCUAACUUACUGCCUAAAUUGUUUAGAAGAACAUCAUGAAACUUAUAAUAAAGUUAAUGCACGUCAAGAACUUGUUAAAAAAAUUCAUCAAUGUUUCUCAUAUCGUUUCCCUUCUGUUCAACUUGAAUUAUUUGGUUCUUGCGCUAAUGGUUUUGAUCUACAGACAAGUGAUUUAGAUGUUUGUGUCUUUUUUCCUGUUGGAUCAACAGAAUGGAAUUAUUUAAAAGAUAAAAAUUCAACAAAUAUGUUAAUUCGACAAUUCAAAAAACAAUUAUCAUAUUGUAGAAAUCGAUUAAAUAUUACUCAUAUUCAACCGAUUCUCACAGCUCGUGUACCAAUAUUGAAAGUGUCUUUUAGUAAUACAUUUGAAGCAGAUAUAAGUUUUUCAAAUUACCUGGCUCUUUCAAAUACACGAAUGCUUGCAUUUUACACCAAAAUUGAGCCAAAACUUCGUACUCUAGGAAUUGCUUUAAAAACUGUCACAAAGAUAACAAAAAUUGGGAGAGCAGCUGCCGGUGGUAUUUCUUCUUAUGCUUGGAUCAUUAUGCUAAUCCACUAUCUUCAACAAAUUGAUCAACUCCCUGUUUUACAAGAACUUUAUGAAGGAUCAACAAAACCAACUAAUCUUGUCAAUGGUUGGAAUGUCUGGUAUCAAAAUGAUUUAUCCGUUAUAAAUCGUUUAUGGAAACCAGCUAAUCCGUCACAAUCAGUCGGAGAAAUGUGGUUGGGAUUUCUACGUUAUUAUCUAUUCGAGUUCAAUCGUGAUAAAUAUGUUGUAACUAUUAGACAAAAGAAAUUGUUAAUACGAUUUGUGAAAAUGUGGAGAUCAUUAUUCGCUAUUGAAGAUCCUUUUAAUUUAAAUCAUAACCUUACUGCUGGUUUAAGUCAUUCUAUGUUUCUUUAUAUUCUUACCGUAUUCCAUACGGUUCUUGUUCAUCAUACUACAUUCUUGCCCAAACAAAUGUCCAUAAAUCAAUGGUGCUACCAUUUGUUUUCGCCAGAAUACAUUGUUGUCGAUAAAAGAUUUUUAAAAAAUAAUAUGCUUUGUUUUAUAUGUAAUCAAACUGGACAUGGAGCAUUUGAAUGUCCAAGAAAUAAAAAGAGAAAUAAAAGAGAUAAUUCUGACAUAGUUACAUUACAUUCACUGAUUGGUCAUUUUUUACAAAAAACUCAAGCAUCACAAUCAAAUUCACAGGAACCAAUGGGUCAACAUUAUGAUAAUUCAAAUCAAAAUCGUCAGUUGAAUUCGACUAGUGCUGUUUGUCAAAACUUCCCUAAACCUAAUUAUACUCCAACAAACAUAUCAUCACAUACCUAUAGGAAUCCUUUUAAACCACAAAAUAGUUACCAAGUUCGACCGAUAAGAAAUAAUCUUCAACAACAACCUAUCACUUCCAAUUAUCGUCAUGUACAACCGCAUCAUGUAAAUAUGCGUACUAAUUCUCAUUCGAUACUUCCUUCAGUACCGAACCCAACUCCUUUGCUUCCGAAUAACACUGUUGGCUCUAUCCCUAAUUAUGCUUUCGUACUUAACAGUUUAUCAAAUCAUCUUGUGCAAUCUAAUAUCUAUGGUCGACAACAAUCCUUUCCCCCGUCCUGUUAUUCAUCACCCGUUGGUUAUGUAAACAAUCAACAACAAUAUAGAAACACUGUACAAGCGAAUCACCCAGUUAAUUACCGGCCAAAAAGUCAACAAAAUAAUAAUAAUACUAAUGAGCCUAAAAAAUAUCAUAAAUCCAGUCGGGUAUCCAGUUCAAGUGUUUAUGAAGAACAGUUUUCAUCUGUUUCAUCAGACCAUUCAAUAGUUGUUACGUCUAAUAAGUCUCCGUGUGAACCAAAAAAGUAUGACAAUAAGCAGAAUGUGUCUAAUCCUCAUCAAACUAAUGAUCUAUCACGAAAAUCACAUUAUCAUAAUUCAAACUAUAAUGAUCCUGGGAUCAAUAAUAAUUAUACUUCUAAAAGUACUUUGUCAUCCUCAGGGAAUCAAACAAAGAGUUGUAGUACAACACCAUAUCGACAAAAACAAUCCGAUUCUCCAUUGAAAGCGAAAUCAAAUUUUCAACAAUCCUUACAAAAGCAAAAAUACUCAAUAUCUAAUGGAUCUGUAAUAGAUUCACAUGAAAAAAGAAAAUAUUCAGUAACAGAAUCAAAUAAAGUCAAUUCAGCGUUUAGAGGCAGUCGAAAUUGUCAACGUUUUGGCCGUCCAAAUAAAGCACAAUUAUCAAAUAAUGAUGAUAAUAAUAGUCAUUUAUUAGAUGAAAAUUUAGUUAAACGCCUUCACAAUAUGUCCACUACAUCCUCAUCUUCACAAAAUAGCAAUAAUAAAUACUGAUACUAAUGUACUAAAUCACAACUUCAAAAUAAUCUUUAUGAUAGAUUUACUGCGACAAGAAUGUGUGUACUGGAUUUUAUUUACAUCUAAUUGGAUAUUUUAUUCAAUUAACAUGUAUUUUUUUAUUUUGAUU